CCUCGUUUCGAAACAGAUGACCGUGCGGUUGCCGGGUCGCUCGGCGUUGCUGCUCCUGCUUUUGUCCCUGCUCUCGGCGAGAGGAGGAGAAUCCUACCCGGCGAUCAAUUGCCGGAAGCACGCCGCAUCGUUGGUGGAUUUUGGAGGCGUCGGGGACGGGAGGACGUCGAACACGGAGGCGUUCAGGCGGGCAGUCGCGAACCUGAGCGAGUACGCGCUGGACGGUGGGGCGCAGCUGGUGGUGCCAGCGGGGAAGUGGUUGACGGGGAGUUUCAAUCUCACCAGCCACUUCACGCUCUACCUCGACGGAAACGCCACUAUUCUCGCAUCCCAGAAUGAAUCGGAAUGGCCUCAAGUGGCUAUCUUGCCGUCAUACGGGGCAGGAAGAAACGCUCAUGGCAGACGGUUCAGCAGUCUGAUCUUCGGUAUAAAUCUCACUGACGUAGUGAUCACAGGAAACAACGGUACCAUUCACGGACAGGGUGCUUACUGGUGGGACAAGUUCAGGAAAGAAGAGCUGAACUGGACUCUACCUUACCUUAUCGAAAUCAUGUACUCGAAUUGGGUCCAGAUAUCUAAUCUUACUUUGGUUGAUUCUCCGUCGUGGUUCGUUCAUCCAAUUUACAGCAGCAAUAUUUUGGUUCAAAGGCUAACCAUUCUCGCACCAGUUGAUUCUCCCAGUACUGAUGGAGUAGACCCUGAUUCAUGCACAAACGUCCGGAUUGAGGAUUGCUAUAUAGUGUCCGGAGAUGACUGCGUCGCAAUCAAGAGUGGCUGGAACCAGUACGGGAUUGCAUUCGGAAUGCCGACACAACAUGUCAUUAUAAGACGGAUUACGUGCACUUCUCCAAGAGGUGCCGCAAUAGCUCUCGGCAGCCAGAUGUCUGGUGGAAUCCAGGACAUAAGAGCCGAGAAUGUUGUGCCCAUCAACACCCAAUCGGGUAUCAGAAUCAAAACCGCUCCUGGAAGAGGAGGGUAUAUCAAGGACAUUUUCAUGAGGUCGAUGAUCAUGAAGACCAUGGAUUACAUGUUUUGGACGAGUGGCGGCUUUAAUUUCCACCCCGACCCUGGGUACGAUCCCAAGGCGCUACCUGUGAUUCAAGGAAUAAAUUACAGAGACAUGGUGGCUGAAAAUGUGACUUAUUCGGCUAGACUUGAAGGAAUAAAAGGAGAUCCUUUUACUGGGAUCUGCAUUUCGAAUGUCCAUAUCGGAUUGAGCCCAAAACCAGAAAAAAUACAGUGGAACUGCACGGACAUAGCAGGAGUUACAAGCAACGUGACUCCUGUGGCUUGUGAUCUGUUGCCCGUGAAGGAACCAGCAAUAGACUGUCCUUUUCCUAAGGAUACGCUGCCAAUUGAGGACGUGGAGUUGAAGACGUGUCCAGUUCCUUAAAACUAUGUUCACUAGUGUUUGUAGAGUGUUAAGAGCGAUGCUUCCAAGAAACUGUGUGCCAAUGCGCUGGAAUUGCUACAAUCUUUAAUUUCUUUUUUUUUUUCUGUCUUCCUUUGAUCCGCGCAAUUGUGCAGUAUCAUAAAUGAUAUUAUCUACCGGAAGAUUGUAGCAGGAUAAUUUCUCUCUUUACCUAGUAAUCACCAAUAAGAAACAGAACAAUGUUCUUUUGGGAGGA